AUGUCAACGACAGCGUAUACCCCCACCCGCGCCUGGUGGAAGUCCGCCGUCGUCUACCAGCUCUACCCGUCCUCGUUCCUCGACUCGAAUGGCGAUGGGAUUGGCGAUCUGCCUGGGAUAACGUCCAAGCUGGACUAUCUCAAAGAGUUGGGCGUGGAUGUACUUUGGAUGUCCCCGAUAUACUGCUCCCCGCAGGCGGAUAUGGGGUAUGAUAUUUCGGACUAUCGAAAUAUCGACCCGCGGUUUGGGACUCUGGAGGACUACGACCACUUGGUGAAGGGUGCACAUGAGCGAGGGAUGAAAGUCAUGAUGGAUUUGGUAGUAAACCACACGUCUGACGAGCACGCAUGGUUCGAAGAGUCCAGAUCCAGCAAAGAUAACUCCAAGCGUGACUGGUACAUCUGGCGCAACCCCCGCUUCGACGAAGAUGGGCACAUGAUGCCGCCGAAUAACUGGCGGAGCGUGUUUCAAGGCUCGGCUUGGGACUACGAUGAAAAGACGGAGCAGUACUAUCUACAUCUGUACGUGAGCAAGCAGCCCGACCUCAACUGGGAUAAUUCCGACGUGCGCGAUGCUGUCUGGGAGGUGAUGCGCUUCUGGAUCGGGCGGGGAUGCGAUGGAUUCAGGAUGGACGUCAUCAACCUUGUCUCGAAAGUAGAGGGCCUGCCAGAUGCGCCGGUGUCCGACCGGUCGCAGUUCUUUCAACACGCAAGUUCGCUAUACGCGAAUGGCCCUCGUGUGCACCAAUACCUACAGCAGAUGAACAAGGAGGUGCUCUCAAAACACGACCUCAUAACUGUCGGCGAAACCCCAUUCACACACGACGACAGCGUGCUGGCCGAGUACGUCCUCCCGGACAACAAGGAGCUCAACAUGGUCUUCCAGUUCGAGAUCAUGGAUCUCGAUAGCCCGCCUGAGGCGCCCCUCCUAUAUCGCCCGUGGAAGCUCACGGAGCUCAAGGGGAUCAUCAACAAGUGGCAGACAUAUAAGCGAGAAUCCGGGUUCUGGAACGCGGUGUUUAUCGAGAACCACGAUCACGCGCGCUCGGUCUCGCGCUUCGGAAACGACACGGACGCGUGGCGCACGCGCUCGGCGCAGGUGCUCGCGAUGCUCGAGAUCGCCCAGGGCGGAACAAUGUACGUGUACCAAGGGCAGGAGAUCGGGAUCCGAAACUUCCCGAGGAGCUGGGGUGUCGAAGAGUAUAAGGAUGUGGCAUCGAUUAACUACUGGGAGAUGAUCAAAGCGCAACGCGCCAAAUCCACCUCCUCGCCCAACUUCGGGCCAGACAUGUCCGACCUCCUCGACUCCUUUCAGAAGAAAGCGCGGGACCACGCGCGCACGCCGAUGCAGUGGGACGCCUCGCCGCACGCUGGGUUCACGCGGUCGCCGAACGGGCCGUGGAUGCGCGCGAACGACGACUAUCCGACUUGGAACGUCGCUGCGCAGCGUGCAGACUCGGACAGUGUCCUCGGGUUCUGGAGAAGGGCGAUAAGGACGAGGAAAGAGUGGGAAGGGGUGCUGGUCUAUGGCGAUUUUGAGUUACUCCUACCUGAGCAUGAGCGGGUGUUUGGGGUUGUCAGGAAGGGCGGAGAUGGGGAGGUGGCGGUGGUGCUGCUCAACUUUGGUGAGGAGGAGGUGGAUGUGAAGAUAGAGAAACACGAGGUUUGCGGGACCCUCGAUGGGUACGAGCUAGUUUUGGGGAACUACGACGACGCGCCGAAGGGGUUAGAGGGAGAGGUGAAGUUGAAAGGUUGGGAGGGAAGAGUGUAUGUGCGGGCGGCUGCGGUCCGUAACUAAGAGGGCGCCGGCAGACUCAACAUGUAUAGAUAGAUUUCACUUGUGUACAAGUAUACCAGUUUCUC